UAAAAUCAGACGUCGUCUCUUUCCUCCUCUCUGAGAUCGACAUGCCACGUCAGCAACACCCCUCGAGUUAUAUCAAUCGAUCGUCUCUUUCACUCCCUCUGAUUAGAGGAAGAAGCCAUGGGAGAGAAGCUUGCAGAGUUAGAGUAUCAAUCAGGCUUCGGUAACCACUUCUCGUCGGAGGCGAUCGCCGGAGCUUUGCCGCCAGAUCAGAACAGUCCUCUUGUUUGUCCUUACGGUCUUUACGCCGAGCAGAUCUCCGGCACUUCUUUCACUUCCCCUCGCAAGCUCAAUCAACGAAGUUGGUUGUAUCGGAUCAAACCAUCGGUUACUCACGAACCGUUCAAGCCUCGAGUUCCUGCUCAUACGAAGCUCGUGAGUGAAUUCGAUGCAUCGAACAGUCGUACGAAUCCGACUCAGCUUCGUUGGAGGCCUGAGGAUAUUCCUGAUUCGCCUACUGAUUUCGUUGAUGGGUUAUACACUAUUUGUGGAGCUGGGAGCUCGUUUCUUCGCCAUGGAUUCGCAAUUCACAUGUACACGGCUAACAAAGGAAUGAAAGACUCUGCAUUUUGCAACGCUGAUGGUGACUUCUUGUUAGUUCCUCAGGCAGGAAGGCUAUGGAUUGAAACGGAGUGUGGAAGGCUUUUGGUAUCUCCUGGUGAAAUUGCUGUCAUACCACAAGGAUUCCGUUUCUCCAUAGAUAUACUUGACGGGAAAUCUCGUGGUUAUGUUGCUGAAAUCUACGGUGCUCAUUUUCAGCUUCCUGAUCUUGGACCAAUAGGUACUCACUCGACAUUCAAUGUGGUCGCCUGGCAUGGCAACUACGUGCCUUAUAAGUAUGACCUGCAGAAGUUCUGUCCAUACAACACUGUCCUUGUAGAUCAUGGGGAUCCAUCAAUAAAUACUGUUCUUACAGCACCAACGGAUAAACCUGGUGUGGCUUUACUUGAUUUUGUCAUAUUCCCUCCUCGAUGGUUAGUUGCUGAGCAUACUUUUCGACCUCCUUACUAUCAUCGUAACUGCAUGAGUGAAUUUAUGGGCCUAAUCUAUGGUGCAUACGAGGCCAAAGCUGAUGGAUUUCUUCCUGGUGGCGCAAGUCUCCACAGUUGUAUGACACCUCAUGGUCCAGAUACAACCACAUAUGAGGCAACGAUUGCUCGUGUAAAUGCAAUGGCUCCUUCAAAACUCACAGGCACAAUGGCUUUCAUGUUUGAAUCAGCCUUGAUCCCUAGAGUCUGCCAUUGGGCUUUGGAGUCUCCUUUCCUCGAUCACGACUACUACCAAUGCUGGAUUGGCCUCAAGUCCCAUUUCUCGCGCUUAGGCUUGAACGAGACAAAUGUUGAAUCAACAGAGAAAAAGACAGGAGCUUCAGAGUAAAGAAAGCAUUGUCACUCACGUGUAUUGUCAAUAGCCAAUCUGUACAGACUUUUACCACAUACUUUAUAAGAACCAUACAACAAGUAUAUAUGCUAUAAGUGUAGGUAAUGUUUCUUCAUAUCACAUUAGUUACAUCCUUUGUACUAGAGGCUAAUAUACCGAUGUUGAUUUU